AUGCUGCUGUGUCUCGUGCAUUUGCAUCUCAAUGGCCUAGGUCUCUCUAUUGCACAAUUGGACUUAGCCCUAAGUGGUGUGAUACCAAUGCACACUCAUCCCGGGGCUUCUGAACUUCCACUUGUUGUGCAAGGUUCUGUCAUCACAGCAUUUAUCUCUUCAGUAAAUAAAUUUUACCUCAAGAAACUUAAAAGGGGUGAUCUUAUGGUAUUCCCACAAGGGCUUCUGCAUUUUCAAAUAAAUUCUAAAGGCAGAAAAGCAAUUUCUUUUGCAAGCUUUUGCAGCCCAAACCCCGGACUUCAAAUAACUGAUUUUGUAUUAUUUGCAAACAAUUUGCAUUCUACGCUGGCGGAGAAGGCCACAUUUCUUGAUACUGCUACCGUCAAGAAACUCAAGGUUGUUCUUGGUGCCACUAGCUAA